AUGGAUCAGUUGUUGGCUGUGAAAAUUGGCUGCCUGGCAGGGGUGCUGCUCAUCACUCUUCUUUGUGGCCUCAUCCCAGCCCAGGUCAAGUGGUUCCAUAUCAACAUGGCCAGAGGGAAACAUCGGCGCAUCCUCAGUUUUAUCAGCUGCUUCGCUGCAGGGGUCUUCCUGGGUGCCUGUAUUAUGCACAUGGUGGCUGAUGCCCUGGGAGACAUCGAAACAGAAAUAAGAAAACGACAGCACAUGGAGAGUGCCAGACAUAAAGAAAAUAGCACCUACGUGGACAUUGAUAAUGAUUCAGAGCGGUACCCAUAUGGAGAGCUCGUAAUUUCAUUGGGUUUCUUCCUGGUGUUUUUUAUCGAAAGCGUUGUACUCCACUGUUGCCCCCAAGCUGUUCAUUCGCAUAACAACCAGGAAAAUCAUGAGGAACACAAGGAGCCCCCACCUUCUCACAGUUCCUUCCGGGCAUUUAUACUAUUCCUGUCACUGUCCUUUCAUUCGGUCUUUGAAGGACUUGCCAUUGGUGUGCAAAAGGAGACUACAGACACCAUCCAACUUUGCCUGGCUGUGCUCAUCCACAAAGCCAUCAUGAGCUUCAGCUUGUCUUUGAAGCUAGUGCAGAGUAGCACCAAGCUCCAAUGGAGGAUACUUUACCUGGUGGUCUUUGUUCUGAUGUCUCCAAUUGGUAUCAGCAUAGGCAUCGGUGUGUCUCUUUCCAAUGGGGAUGGAAGCGGUUUGGCUCAAGCUGUCCUUGAAGGGGUGUCAGCAGGAACUUUCCUCUACAUCACAUUCCUGGAAAUUCUUCCUUACGAGUUGGCUUCGCAUGAAAGCCCUUUCACCAAGUUCCUUUUCAUCAGCCUAGGCUUCUCUAUCAUGGCUGUCAUUGCCAUUUGGGCAUGAAACAUUGUUCAUGCCAGGUAACCUGGGAAAUCUGCCUCCCAUCAGCCAUGUUUGAUACAUGGACCCAUUCCUGUUUGUCUUCUCUGGAAUUUUGUGUCUAUCCAUGUUGCAUAUGCUAUUAUACUUGCCUUGAGUG